AUGAGGAUUCGAGUCCGUGGGCCAUCAGGCCAAACAACUGUCACCUUGGACGACAGCGCAACUAUCAGAGACCUCCAAGAUCAAAUUGCGGAGAAGACCAGCCUUCGUACCUUUGACGUUAAAUACGGCUACCCUCUCAAGCCACUUGAGCUUGACACAUACCAACCCGACCAACGCAUCUCAGAAAUUGGAAUAAAUCUGAACGGAGAGUCACUCAUUGUCGCACAGAAGGAGGGUGCUAGUCGGGGCGCAAGCGAUGAUGCGACAACAGCACCCCCAGCGCCACCACAGCCAUCGACAUCGCAUAUACCACAAGAGAAUGGCGCCGAAGACCCGCCAGAAAUACCUUCCCCAGAACAUGCCGGAACUUUUGUUCUCCGGGUGAUGCCCGACGACAAUUCGUGUCUGUUCCGCGCAGUGGGUGCCGCAGUCAUGGGCGAUAUGGACACGAUGGUUGAGCUGCGAUCGAUCGUCGCAGGCAGCAUUCAGUCGAACCCAAAAGAAUAUACAGCCGCAAUUUUGGGCCAAAAGCCGGAUGAUUAUUGUGCCUGGAUCCAGAAUGAAGACUCCUGGGGCGGCGCCAUCGAACUCAAGAUUCUGAGUGAAUACUUCAACAUUGAGAUUUGCUCCAUCGAUGUACAGACUCUGAACAUGUUUCAGUUCAACGAAGGCGCACCUACGCGGUGUAUCGUGGUGUAUUCGGGAAUUCACUACGAUGUUCUUGCGUUGUCCCCCUCCAAUCCGCCCUACACUCGUGCCAACCCACUAGCCCAUGGUGACACCAAGAUCUUCGAGGCGGUUGACCCUGUCGUUUUGGAAAAGGCUAAAGAACUGUGUCGGGUUCUUCAGGGCAAGCAUUAUUAUACCGACACUUCUGGCUUCACUGUUCGCUGCAACGUCUGUGGAGGCACCUUUACUGGAGAGAAGGGUGCUACCAAACAUGCCGCGGAGACAGGUCAUUAUGAUUUUGGAGAGUCGAGAUAG